AUGGGUGGUGUUUCUAUUAUUUUUAUUGUAGGAAAAGGCGGAAUCGGCAAAACAACUCUUGCAAAAAUGGUCUUUAAUGAAACCAAACAAUAUUUUGGGAAACGUAGAUGCUGGGUUUGUGUUUCGGAGAGGCCAAACCUUAAGGAUUUGGUGCAGCAGAUACUAAGGGAAGUGUCUGGAGAAAAUCCUGAUUGUUCCUUGAGUGAGUUGUGCACACAAUUACGGAAUGAGCUCUCAAAGGAAAAUUUUUUGUUGGUCCUAGAUGACGUGUGGGAACUAAAAUGGUGGGAUGGAGGGGUAGAGGGAACAUUGAUGGCAGGUGCAAUGGGGAGCAAUAUUUUGAUUACCAGUGGAAAGGAAUGUAAUGAUGCCUCUGUUAUUGAGCACACCCACCAUCUAUCAUUACUUCGUGUAGAUGAUGCAGAAGCACAAAAGCAUAAAGCCUCAGGGGUGGGAAAUCAGUUGCGCACAAUAUUGAUAGAUGAUUUCUAUUCAGACUUGCCUUGGGUUUAUAUUGAAGACUUGACCAAUUCAAGUGGUUGA